GGAUCCGCCGGCUCGUCGCGCACCCCGGCCUGCUCCACCUCGCUGCCCGGUCUGCGGGAGAGAAGGCGGUUCAGAACCGUGCCGCUACCAGCGCGGAUGGCUGAAGAGGGACGAAAGAGGCAGCGAAGGCGGCGCGAUUGAACGGACGGCGGGGCAGCUCGCAAACUGGCCCACCGCCUCUUAGGACGAGGCUCUCGCCUCCGGCUGGGGAGGAACUGUCCCGCCGACGGAACCCCCACCCCCGCCAAGCGGCUCCCAUCGGUACAGGAAGCCCGCCGGCGACUCUCCUGAUCGUGCGCACUUGAUAACGAAGGAGCGGAAGCGAAUCGCCUCCGGUCCCCGGAAGCCCGUCUCGCCUGUUAUGUAACCCUGACUCGGCUCUUGGUGUUGGUUCGUCUUCGGGGACGCGCAGUCCCGAAUCUGCCAGAACAUCCCGUGAUCGUCACAAGCGUUAAUCGGGAUUAUACGAAUUAGUAGAAGUGAAAUGCAACGUCGUGAAUUUAACGCGCCUCCAUGGGGGGGGGGCACAGCGAGAGAGAACCCGAGUUCUUCCUAAAGCGCCAGGGACGCCCCAGCCGCCUCUUACAAAGACAACACAGCUUGCUUGAAACACCCAUAAAACACCACGUUCGUCUCCUUCCAGUUAACUCAAAAACAUCGAAUGCUGGCGAACUGUUCAAGUCUGUGCUGUGUUUUUAUGUCACUGAGAAUUAGAUUCACCCAUCAAGCUUAACCAAGAGCAAAAGAACUGGUGACUAAAUGAAAGCCAGUUGAGACCCUUCCUUUAACCUUGACUGGCAUAGCUUGGGUUCCACAGCAUACACAAGUGUCACACUGGGGGUGUGGUUUGAACAAGACACAGGAACCAACCCUCUCCUUUUACUUGAGAAAUAAAUGUUCGUGUCCCCUUUCUCCCUUCUGCCCCUUCACAAAAGGCAGAGGAUUGGCUGUCACUCUCCAUGCCCCCAGGCAAGGGAAGCCCUGCUUUGGGCAUGAUUGGGGAAGGGCUCCCUUGCCAUGUUCUGCACCCCCACCCCCAGACUGCACAAUCAGGCAAACACUGGCCAGGGAACUGGGUCGCCAUGACCUGCUUUCUUCCCGGGUGGCAAAAAACCAGCGCAGAAGAGAGCUGGUAGGGUCCAGCCCAAACUGGAGGGAGGGAAGGAGUUCUGGGUUUGCCUGCCUGCCUGCUUCCCUCCAGGUAUGGACCCUAAUGGGGUAGAACCAGAAUUCCAUCAAGGGAGGUUCGCUGCUUGUCUUUUUGCCAAUCUUCUAUCAGCAAGAUAAUAAAAGGUCAUUGGCUGUAAGGACCUUUGGCCCCCACUGCUGUGGCUGCACCAAUUGGUUGCCUUUCCAGACAGCAACAGCCCUUGUGGUUCUCCCCAGUUAAGCAACAAAGCCUAUUCCAUGGAGGGGUGGGUGGGUGUGCUUAACCCUUUUUCUGCCAGUCACGCUCUUUUCUUUUAUCCUUCACCAUUUAUUAUGGAUUUAGCAAUGGCUAAACUUCCUAUAUCAGAAAAACAAAUCCACAGAACCUAAAGUCAGCUAUUAACUACCACAGUGCCACUAAGCAAAUUCAGCUAAUGUGCACCAUCCCAACACCUUCCAAGCAGUCAGGGAUGAGGAAGGGGGGACACAAAGGUGCAGUCCAGCAGGUCGUGAAGCACCAGACUGGAAAUGACUCUUACUCAAAACAUUUUGUACCCAAGUCCUUUACAACAUUCUGUACCCAGCAACAAGCUACAACUCUGCUGCAAUGAGGGGGAGACUCCUUAGAGCAGCAAGAAAGACCUCAAGAGUUCCCCCCCAUCCAGGCCUCCCCAGGACCAGGCACGGGCCUCUGUGAUGCCACAACCAAGCCAUGAUGCUCAGUAUGUCCACACCAUUUUCCUUCUGCAAGAUGAAAUUAGAAAGCUGCGACAGCUGAAAUGUUGUGUCCCCAAAGGUGGAAGCUCAGCAGGCCACUAUUCUGCCACUGUUCCUGCCUUGGAGCCAGGCCCCAGCCCCCAUUAGAGGAGCUGCAGCGGCCAAAGCUGUGCCUCCUCUGGAUCAGCCCCCUGAGCCCCUCUCCCCGUGCCUGCCUGAAAAUUCAGAUGAAAAGAACCGGCCUGUUGCGCAGGGACUUGGCUGGCACAGGCCUGAAGGGGAGCUAAGCACUUCCAGCUCCCCCCCCCACCCUGUCCAAACACGUUUUGGACUCUACAGGCCGCUGGACGGGUGAUUUAAGGAGCAGAGUCCUCAGCCGCCGGCCGGCUGCCUGGCUUGCCCAGAGCCACCUUAAAUGGCCUUGGCCGCCUUCUGGUUGGUGUCCAAUGGGGACCUCCUGACUCCCCUGGAAAGAGGCAAGCAGUGGGGUGCAGAUGUGGGAGUGGAAGAUCCCAUCUUUGGCCAAACAGAGACUCCUCUUGGCUCAGGACCCGUCCAUUUCUUUGGAAUUUGUCUCCCAUUUCACCUGCUCUUUUCUGACAUUCCAAGAUGUUGCUAGUUCUCACCCUCUGGCAAGCUCUUUCCCAAGCCCUGGCUGCAAGUGGGGGUUCCCAUUGGACAUACGAAGGCUCCGACGGGCAGACACACUGGCCAGAGAGAUAUCCAGACUGUGGCUGGCAGGCUCAGUCACCCCUCGAUAUCCAGACUGACUUGGUCCAGUAUGACCCCUCUCUGCCCCCCAUUGAGCCAGAGGGGUACCGAGACCCUGGGAGCAGCUCCUUGACCCUGAGCAAUAAUGGACACACAGUGCAACUCUCCCUCCCCAAGAAGCUGCGCCUGCACGGCCUGCCCAGCAUCUACUCAGCAGUGCAGCUGCACUUCCACUGGGGCAGCAGCAACAGCCGGGCCGGGGGCUCUGAGCAUCGCGUGGACGGCCAGGCCUUCCCAGCAGAGCUUCAUGUGGUCCACUUCAACUCAGAGAAGUAUGCCAACCUGAGCGUGGCCAAACACCAACCGGAUGGGCUGGCGGUGCUGGGCAUUUUCCUGGAGGUUGACAGUGUGGAGAAUCCUGCCUACAACCACAUCUUGGACCGUCUGGACAGCAUCCUUUAUGCAGAGCAAGAAGUCACCGUUGCUCCCUUCAGUGUGCGAGAGCUGCUCCCGGUGCAUCUGGGCCACUACUACCGCUACAGUGGUUCACUGACAACCCCGCCUUGCUAUCAGAGUGUGCUGUGGACAGUUUUCCACCAGCCAGCCCGCAUCUCUGCCGCUCAGUUGGAGAAACUGCAGAAAUCUCUUUAUUCUACAAAAGAUGGGAAGACACCUUCAGAAUUGCUGGUCAGUAAUUUCCGGGUGCCCCAGUUCUUGAACCAACGCGUGGUCUUCUCCUCCUUCCCUGUGGGGCCGUCUGGAUACUCUGCAGGUGAGAUCAUUGCCAUAAUUGUCGCAGUGCUCUUGGGCUGUCUGGGUGUCUUCCUUGCUGGCUGGAUUUUGGCAAAGAGAACCCGGUGAGGAGCAGGUGAAUGUGGGACACCAACCCGGUUCCUGCCUAAUUGCAUCGCAGUGCCAGCAUAAGGGAGGCUCCCACAAGCAAUUCAAAUGAUCCUUUCCCCCACCCCAUUCCUUCCCACGUGGAGUACCAAGAAUGUCAAAACAGAGAAUUUCACUGGAAAAAGAACACAAUAGGUAUUUAUUAAACUUCCUCCUGCCUCAUCCCGAGCUUUGUGUUUUUCUGCUUUAUUGGACAGCAGUGGCAGGAGCAAAGGGCACUGCAGAAACCUAACACACCAGGACAAGACUUCCUCCUGCAGCCCUGCUGUCUUUCCAGUUCUUUGUGGAAGCCACAAGUAUUUAGGCUGGGGGGAGGGGAAGGGGGAGAAAACCAGCAAGAUUGGUCUGGGGAAGCACCAGCCCAACCAACAUCGGCCUCCCUCUCCUGCCACGCUAGCUACUCGGCUGACUUUCCUGCCCAGCAGGAUCAGGAAGAGGCAGUUGGCAUGUGGGAAGGGGGGUUUCUAACAGCACCACCGAGACCCUCCACUCCCCUCCCAGUUCCUUUAUCGGUCUAAACACAAAGCUACUGUUGUGCCUCCUGCCAACUUCCAUGGUUGACAAAGGAGAAGAAGUCAUGGGAAUCCCAUGGCCCAGGUUGAAUAUCUGGGCUGGUCUCUCAGUAUUCAAUAUCCCACUCAACAAAACACAACUGCUACUUUCACAAAACCAGCUGUGCUAAGACAAGGGCUGGCUUCUCAAAACACCUGGGUGACAAACCACUCAGCCGUAUUUGAGUCAAGACAAACACGCUGUGCAAACCCAGCUUUUGAGCUUGAGCAGGCUUUUGAUCCAGAGGCAGAAACAGAAGUCUAUGUCCGGAAAGGACCCCACAGCGCGAGAUGCCUUUGUGCCACCCACAGGCAGGGCCCGCUUUAGUCUCUGCCCGAGGCGACGCAGCACGAUAAUACUUACCAGAUAAUUUCUUUUUAUUAACUGCACUACGGACCAACUCAUAAAAGGAUUUAGGGCUCAACAUUAAAGAAAGAAAGUAGGACUGGGACUUUA